AUGCUGAGUGUGUGUGUUGGGGAGCGGUGGCAGAUCCGCGGUCAAGCGACGCAGAAGACGCUGACCGAGUCUAUCACUUGUACGCGCAGGCCUGCAGCGUUCAGCGCCGAUGUCUCUUGGCAUCCUCGUAUUCCCGUUCUCAGUCCUUCGACAACUUGUGUGCGCAUCUCUGUGACGCGGUACCAUUGGGGUCACCAUCCUCAGCUGCUGCUAUUAGGCGAGGCGGCCGAUACGACGAAGCCGGUUCAGAUGCCGGUGGCUCAGAAAGUCAUCACGGUGCAGACAUUGGCUGGCUACUCGGCUUCGCGCGAACGUCUGACGGGGUCUGGAUGGCCCUCUGAUGACGACCCUAUGACGAUUACCAAGAACACGCCGGGACGCUGA